AGUUCGCAGCACUCGACCCUUCGCUUCCUUUGCCAAUUACCACAGAAGCAAAAUGGCCGUCUCUAUGCGCGCUGCUCAGACCGUUAAGGCCGCUGGCGUCAGCCGCGCUGCCAGGCCGGUCCGUGCCAACGUGGUGUGCAAGGCGCAGAAGGUCGAGUUCGGCCAGGCCGCCGCUGCGGUCGUGGCUGCCUCUGCCCUCGUUGCUGGGUCGGCUAAUGCCCUGACCUACGACGAGCUUCAGGGCCUGACCUACCUCCAGGUUAAGGGCACUGGCAUUGCCAACACCUGCCCUGUCCUGGAGAAGGGCUCGACUGACCUGUCGGAGCUGUCUGCCGGCACCUACAAGCUGGAGAACUUCUGCAUCGAGCCCACCUCUUUCACUGUUAAGGAGGAGAGCGUGUUCAAGGGUGGCGAGACUGAGUUCGUGAAGACGAAGCUCAUGACCCGCCUGACCUACACCCUGGACGCCAUGAGCGGCACCCUGAAGGUUGGCUCUGAUGGCUCGGCUGAGCUGAAGGAGGAGGACGGCAUUGACUACGCUGCUACCACCGUGCAGCUGCCGGGUGGUGAGCGCGUUGCUUUCCUGUUCACCAUCAAGCAGUUCGACGGCAAGGGCACCCUGGAUAACAUCAAGGGUGACUUCGUUGUGCCCUCCUACCGCGGAUCGUCCUUCCUGGACCCCAAGGGCCGCGGUGGCUCGACCGGCUACGACAACGCCGUUGCCCUGCCGGCUCGCGCUGAUGCCGAGGAGCUCUUGAAGGAGAACGUUAAGUCGACCAAGGCUCUUAAGGGCUCGGCCGUUUUCUCCGUUGCCAAGGUGAACACCGCGACUGGCGAGAUUGCUGGUGUCUUCGAGAGCAUUCAGCCCUCGGACACUGAUCUGGGUGCCAAGCCUCCCAAGGACAUCAAGAUCACCGGCCUGUGGUACGGCCAGCUGUCCCAGUAAGGGAGCAGCUGCUGAGGAUCGGAUGACGGUACAGGAGCUUGCUGCUGUGCUUUUCUGACCCUGAGUAUGCAUUGGAGCCCGUGGAGAAACUUCGGAGGAGCGAGCGGGUUCGGGUCGAUGUGUUCAUGUGGCUAACGAGGUUGGGGCGGCUUGCAGCGGUCUGGCUGCUUGCGCUGUCGGCAGAAGUCGGCUUGGCGGUUGCUAUCGUGGGAAGAAGUGGGAAGGAGAAGGCGGUCCAUCGGAGCGCGCCAGUCGCAUUACCUGAGAAGACGAAGCAUGUUUGUUGUAGUCGCUGGUGCUUCUUCUGGAGGUUUUCGGUAGUUCGUAUGUGCCGGCUGCUGGGAGAGGUGUCACGGCGCUUGUCUGGCAAUAAGAGCUUGUAACCGCUUUGCACCGUCUACAGAACGCUUGCAACUGUCGGUGUCGAGCCUCUUGUGCGUGUAACGAUUGGGCACUUAAGCCCUGCAGUUUUGUUCAUAGUUGUAACGCUACACGCAGUUCGAGCCUCCACCUCUGAUUCCCACUGAACUGCACUCAGGGUAGAUAGCGCGAGAUACAUGCAUACAUACGGAUGCAGCAAUCAUCUAUGAAAAUCGUUCACUACUC